AAAAGUUGUAAACAUUGACGUUCAUGACUGUUUGAUUUGGUCAUAUAGAUUACAAACAGCAAAUGCAGGAGCUUGCUGUUUUGUUUGAAUAAUCGAUUAGCCUAACUGUUAAGUUAAUUGUUUAUAAGUUGGAGCAAAGUCACGAGUCGUCAGAAAUUAGUGGCAACCUCUGAAUCAGUCAAUGGGAAAAAUCUAACAAUGUUUAGCUUUGAGGGAGAUUUCAAGACAAGACCCAAGGUAUCACUUGGAGGAGCAAGUAAAAAGGAGGAGAAAGCAUCUCUGCUGCACCGCACCCAAGAAGAAAGAAGAAAAAGAGAGGAUGAAAGGAAACGACUGAAGAAUUCCAUUAUCAUUCAGUCCUACAUACGUGGCUACCAGGACUUGAAACGACAGUAUGCAAUCCAGAGGGCCAGGUUUGACGAGUCUGUCAGCCAGACGCUGGCAGGGGGAGCUCAGCAUGUCUUGGAUGGUCCUGGUCUCUGCCUCUUAUCAAGACAACUCAUAUUUUUCUACAGACAAAGUGUGGAUGCACAUAGAUUGAUAUGGUUGUGCCAGAACCUGGUGAAACUCAACAGUCAGUUUGUGAAGCUGUUGGUGGGCCCACAGAGACAGACAUGUAUGUUUCAGAUCAAGAGGAUCUUAGGCUUCUGCUGCAGACUCCUACAGAACUGCAAGGAUGACAGUUUAAAUGUGGCGGUUCCCAUGCGGAUGCUAGAAAUCUUUUCUUCAGAGAAAACCUAUGUUCCUGUUAUUCCAGAUGCUAACUAUGUAACUUCAUUACUCGAGCAGAUUUUGCACUAUAUGGUACAGAAAGGAUACUACAAGUCGCUGUAUAUUCUCGUGAAUCACAGGCUCCCUUCCAGUCUGGAGUACAGCGAUGCUCCCUCUGUCCCUCUAGCAAGCACACUGUUGGAGCACAUCCUCAAACCUCUGCACUUUACCUACUCCUCCUGCACAACAGGCGCAAGGCAGUUUGUAUUUGCAGCCUUUACUGAGGAGUUUAUCUCUGCACCAUUCACCGAGCAAAUCUUUCACUUCUUUAUCCCGGCACUGUCGGACAUCCGUCUCUCAUUCCCAUUUGAGGCCUUCCUGAGCUCCCUCCAGGCCACCAUCGGCUCCUCCUCAGCAGCACAGAGCCAGGCACCAUGGGUGUUUUACUUUGUCCUCUCUGCAGGGGAGAACUGCUUAGGCUCACUAUCAGAGGAGGGUCUCCUGCUGUACCUCCGGGCUCUGCAGACGCUGCUGCCGCUGCUGCCAGUGUCGGACAGCAGCAGCAGGCCUGAAGUUAGCAGCGACUCGGAGGACGACGAUGACACUGGCAUCCAUCCAACUCCCAUGCAGGAUGACAGCAGAAUCUCUGUGCAGUUGAUCACAGACGAGUGUGUCCACAAGCUGGACACUAAGCAUCAGACUAACGCCCUGCUGAACCUGGUGUGGAGGGAUUCAGCCAGCGAGGAGGUUUUCACUAUGAUGGCAUCUAUCUGUCACAUACUCAUGGUCCAGCAUCGCCUCAUGGUGCCAAAAGUCAGACUUCUGUACAGUUUAGCUUUCAAUGCACGUUUCCUGAGGCAUCUCUGGCACCUAAUAACUUCCAUGACAACAAAAAUGAUCACUGGCUCCAUGGUGCCGCUGCUGCAGCUCAUCUCGCGAGGGUCUCCCAUGUCGUUUGAGGACUCCAACCGCAUCAUUCCCCUCUUCUAUCUCUUUAGCUCUCUCUUCAGCCACUCGCUUAUCUCCGUGCAUGACAGCGAGUUUUUCGGUCACGAAAUGGAAGGUCAGACGCAGUCCUCCAUGAUGCCCUUCACGCUGUUAGAGCUGGUGACUCUGUCUCGCUGUCUGAGGGACGCGUGUCUGGGAAUCAUCAAGCUGGCCUACCCCGAGACCAAAACAGAGCACCGUGAGGAGUACAUGGCUGCCUUCCGAAGUGUGGGUGUCAAGACAAACACUGAGGUUCAACUGCGCAUCCAGGCCGAGCAGAAACGCUGGGUACAGCUCUUCAAGGUCAUCACUAACUUGGUGAAGAUGGUGAAAGCUCGCGACAUCAGACGACCCUUCUGUCCAGCAGGUCACUGGCUCUCUGCGGAGGUCAACAUCCGAGCAGAUAAGGUCACCCAGUUGUAUGUCCCGUCUGCAAGACACGUGUGGAGAACGCGAAGGAUGGGACGCAUUGGGCCACUUCAGUCAACACUUGAUGUUGGUUUAGAGCCUCCACAGCUGUCUGUGUCUGAAGAGAGACAUCUGGCCAUCCUCACAGAGCUCCCUUUUGUCGUUCCCUUCGAGGAGCGAGUCAAGAUCUUCCAGAGGUUAAUCUAUGCUGACAAACGGGACGUGCAGGGGGACGGGCCAUUCCCUGAUGGCAUCAAUGUCACCAUAAGACGCAACUACAUCUAUGAAGAUGCCUACGAUAAACUCUCUCCAGAAAAUGAGCCAGACCUGAAGAAAAGGAUUAGAGUCCAUCUGCUGAAUGCUCACGGUCUGGACGAGGCGGGCAUCGACGGUGGCGGCAUCUUUCGCGAGUUCCUCAAUGAGCUCCUCAAGUCGGGCUUCAAUCCCAACCAGGGCUUCUUCAAGACGACCAACGAGGGCCUGCUGUAUCCCAGCCCUGCUGCAGAGAUGCUGGUCGGAGACUCCUUUACGAGGCACUACUACUUUCUAGGCAGGAUCCUCGGAAAGGCGCUGUAUGAGAACAUGCUGGUGGAGUUGCCCUUUGCCAGUUUCUUCCUGUCCAAACUUUUGGGAACCAGUGCAGAUGUGGACAUCCACCACCUGGCAUCGUUGGACCCGGAGAUGUACCGCAACCUUCUCUUCCUCAAGAGCUAUGAGGGUGACGUGGAGGAGCUGGGCCUCAACUUCACCAUAGUCAACAACGAUCUGGGAGAGGCUCAGGUGGUUGAGCUCAAGCUGGGAGGCAAAGACAUUCCUGUGACCACAGCAAACCGGAUAGCCUACAUCCAUUUGGUGGCUGACUACAGGCUGAACAAGCACAUCAGGCCUCACUGCCUGGCCUUCAGACAGGGCCUGGCCAAUGUGGUCAACCUGGAGUGGCUGCGCAUGUUUGACCAGCAGGAGAUCCAGGUGCUGAUAUCUGGGGCUCAUGUGCCAAUUUGUCUUGAUGACCUGAAAAAGUUCACAAACUACUCAGGCGGGUACUCGGCCACUCACCCAGUCAUCCAGAUCUUUUGGGAGGUAGUUGAAGGCUUCACAGACGAGGAAAAGCGCAAGCUGCUGAAGUUUGUCACCAGCUGCUCCAGACCUCCACUGCUGGGCUUCAAGGAGCUUUACCCGGUCUUCUGCAUCCACAACGGUGGCACCGACCUGGAGCGCCUGCCCACCGCCAGCACCUGCAUGAACCUGCUCAAGCUCCCGGAGUUCUGUGAUCAGCAUCUGAUGAGGAACAAGCUGUUGUACGCCAUCGAGUCCUCUGCCGGGUUCGAGCUGAGCUGAGGAGGGCGAAGGCUUCUCUGUCCCUGCAUCCAUGGACUCAGUGCCACAGAAAUGGCUUGUGGAGAAAAAGACUUGUAACAGAGGAAAAAAAGAGAGGAGGGAAAGCAAAUGAUGCACUGACCUGCCUGAUUUACUGUGUUUGUGUGUGUGUGUGUGUGUGUGUGUAUAUGAAUGUGUGCGUGCCAAGCUUAUGGUGAGGAAAUGACAGACUCACCCACAGACUGAGGAAAGGGGUGCAAGGAUGAAGCGGGGUAGGAAGCCUGUUUUAAUCCUUGUUGCUUUUAAGUAAUUUAAAUGUUUAAUCACUUGUCAGAACACUUCAGAAGAACAGCAAUGCAGUUAAAUUUUGCAGGAAAUAUCAUGCAAGAGUAAAAAACAAAGAGUAGCAACUGCUCUCUUAUGUAAUCUAACAUGAAUGGACAGUUAUUUUCACCAAAGAUUAAGUGGCAUCAUAUAAAAAAGGCAAUAUAACAGACGGAUAGGGACAGACUGUAGGACUCUAAAACCACCUUGUGGUGUGCCAAGGGCUGCGGAGGUGGAGGAGCUUUUGUGUAUAGCCAUCAUGUAUUUUCAUGUCGAGGUCAUCGAAACUCCAGUUUUUGUGAUUUCUCAAAUGAUUAUUACUAGUAAUAACUGUCAUGUCCGAUAACCAUACUGUAAGUGUGCACACGCCAUCUGAUGUGUGUAAAUGGCUUAUAUUGCUGGACUACAUUGGGGGAAAGCAUUAUAUGAUUAUGGAUUUGUGAAUAUGUAUAUGUUUACAACUACUCUUGUAUUAUUCAGUAUUUGUACAGGUUUGUUUUUCUUUCCUUUGUGUGAUGAAUGGAGGCCUCAUUUAGUCACACAUGCUCGCUAAGGUGAAUAGUCUCUUCCCUGGUCAGCGCCCUGAAGUUUGCUCUUAGGGAGCAACAACCGUGUCACGUUGAUAAGGCUUACAAAUGAUCAGUGUACCAACAGGGGGAGAAAAAAAAAUAGCGUGUAUGGAAAUGAAUAAACCCACUUUUUUUCA